AUGACGACCAUCUCCACGGCCGUCGAUGCCUCCGGCGGCAUCACGGACUCUACGGAAAAGGGCCUCGGAAGCGACAUUGACCGCGUCGACUCCAACAACGGCACCACGGCCAUGGAGUCCAUCGACCCAGCGGCUGAGCAGAAGCUUCUCCUCAAGCUCGAUGCCUUUUUCGUGCCCAUCAUCAUGCUGGUCUACUUGACCUGCUUCCUCGACCGAACCAACAUCGGCAACGUCAAAGUCGCCGGCAUGCCCGAAGACAUCGGCGCCUCAACACAAGAAUUCUCCACCGCCAUCUCCAUCUUCUACGCGACCUACGUCGUCUUCGAGUCCCCUUGGACCAUCCUGAUGAAGCGCCUCACCCCCCGCGUCCUGCUCACCGGCCUCUGCGUCGUCUGGUCCAUCACCACCAUCUUCUCGGGCUUCAUCACCGGCAUCGCGGGGCUGUACGUCGUGCGCCUCAUCCUCGGCGCCUGCGAGGCCGGCCUCUUCCCCACGCUGAACCUCUACCUCACCAUGGUGUACAAGCGCGAGGAGCAGGCCAAGCGCGUGUCGUACUUGUUCGUCUGCACCGCCAUCGCCGGCGCCUUCGGAGGCCUGCUCGCGUACUCGAUUCUGAAGAUGGACGGCAUCGCGGGCCGCGCCGGGUGGAGAUGGGUCUUCAUUAUCGAGGGCAUCUUCAGCAUCAUCAUCGCGCCCAUCAUCUGGUUCGGUCUGCCGAAUGAUCCUGGCAACGCGUACUUUCUCACCGCUGAGGAGAAGCGCAUGAUGAAGGUCCGCGCGGCGCAGCGCGUGCAGUACAUGGGCAGCGAGGAGUUCAGCUGGGACGAGGUCAAGAUUGCCUUGAAGGACCCGAAGCUGUACAUCAGCGGCCUCAUCCAAUUCUGCCAAGACAUUCUCCUCUACGGCUUCAGUACCUUCCUCCCCUCCAUCAUCGUCAGCAUGGGCUACACCAGCAUCGAGGCCCAGUACCUCAGCAUCCCCGUCUACAUCUUCGGCGGCAUCGCCUUCCUCUGCUUCGCCUUCGUCUCCGACCGCCUGUGCCUGCGCGGGCCCCUCGUCCUGCUGGCCAACGUCCCCGGCAUCCUCGGCUACAUCCUCAUCAUCUGCCCGACCCCCAACGGCGUCAAGUUCUUCGGCACCUUCCUGUGCGCCGUGGCUGUCUACAACGGUCCUGGGCUGAACCUGACGUGGCUCAACGUCAACAUCGCGCCGCACUACCGCAGGGCCACGGCGAUCGGCAUGCAGCAGUCCAUCGGCAACACGGCGGGCAUCGUCGCGGGACAGAUCUACCGUACCUCGCCGUAUUUGCUGGGUAACGCGUUCUCUGUCGGUGCGUUGGGUGUUUCGCAGCUGUUGAUCAUUGCGAAGUGGCUGUAUAUCAGGCGGUGCAAUGAGAUGAAGAGGAAGAUUGCGAGUGGUGAAAUGGAGGAUACGAGGAAGGUUAAGACUGGCGAUUGGGAGCUGGAUUUCCGGUAUCAUUUGUGA